GCCCGCUCCCUGAAGGAUGGGAACAAGCCAUGACCCAGGAUGGAGAAAUUUACUACAUAAACCAUAAGAACAAGACUACAUCUUGGCUAGAUCCAAGACUUGACCCACGUUUUGCUAUGAACCAGAGAAUCAGCCAAAGCGCUCCCGUGAAACAGCCACCGCCAUUGGCCCCCCAAAGUCCUCCCGGUGGAGUCCUGGGAGGUGGCACUUCCAAUCAACAGCAACAGAUAAGACUGCAGCAGCUACAGAUGGAAAAAGAAAGGUUGCGACUGAAGCAUCAAGAACUGCUUCGGCAGGUGAGGCCACAGGCGUUGCGGAAUAUCAAUCCCAGCACAGCAAAUGCUCCAAAACGUCAGGAAUUGGCUCUCCGUAGUCAGCUUCCCAGUAUGGAACAAGAUGGCACCCAGAAUCGAGUAUCCUCUCCCGGAAUGUCUCAAGAACUCAGAACAAUGACCACAAAUAGCUCAGAUCCCUUUCUUAACAGAGGUGACACUAUCAACCAAAGCUCCAUCCCCUCCCAUCAGAACCGUUUUCCAGACUACCUUGAAGCCAUUCCGGGGACUAAUGUGGACCUUGGAACACUGGAAGGCGACCCGAUGAAUAUAGAAGGAGAGGAACUGAUGCCAAGCCUACAAGAAGCUUUGAGCUCCGAUAUCCUUAAUGACAUGGAAUCUGUGCUGGCAGCCACCAAGCUAGAUAAAGAAAGCUUUCUGACCUGGUUAUAGGGGCCUCAGGGAGAUGGAAUUGGAAAUCUUUGAAGGAUCUAAGGAGAUAAGACAUGUACCUUGGUUGAGAACAGUAUCAUAAAGGCAUCUUGGCUUAUGAUCAGAGAGGAAAACAUUUUACUGAACAAAAUACUUCCGAUUUUAUUGAUCCAAUGUUUUUUUGUUUUGUCCAAUCGCUGCUGUUAUAUCGCUGACCUCUUUCACAUUGACUCUGAAGAAUUCUGUUGUUGUUUUUUUCUGUUGCAACUACUGUUCAGCAUGGUGGUAAUGGGCAGGGAGAGGAUGGAAAAGUUGGUAUAGUAUAGCUUUUAUUGUCAUUGUACAUCAUGUAUACAACGAAAUGGGUUAGAGAGAGAGAGAGAGACCAGCUAUAUUUCUGGAUAAUGUCUAUCAUUCCUUUUGCCCUGCUUUCUAUUUGCUUGUCCUUUUCUUUGACUAAGGAUGUUGUGGAGCUUCAGCUUUUGUGUAUUGGCAAAAAACAAAAUAACCCUUAACUAGCCCAUCAAGCCAAAAAGGACGUAUCUGAUAAGGGGGGAAGGAGGGGGGGAAUCCAUACCAAUUUGGGAAUAAAACAUAAAAUGUUUUAUUGUUGGGCACGAAUCAUGAGACAUUUAAGUGUUGGAUACAGUUCUUCAUGCCGCUUGAUCUAUAUUGAGCAAAACGGACACAUGCCAAGGAUGGCUACUGGAUUUUGCCCACUGGCAGCUUCUUAAUUCCCUUAGUUAGCUUGCUCACAUUUUACAGCAUCAUAAAGAAACCCUUUCCUACGAAAACAUGGUUUGUUGCCUCUUUCGCUUGUUUUCCAAAUUUUAGACCUCUUUAAUUAUAGCCGUAGAUUAGAAAAAGAACGUUCUGUUUUGUGUAUUGGUUGUUUUUGUUUUAAUAUUUUUAAAUAGUGAAAUUUUCUGACUUCACCUAGUCUUAUUUAAGUCUGAAUGGAUUUUUUUUUAUACUAAGCUAGUAUAGCCAGUUAAUAUCAAUAGUUCUAUGUUUUGUUUACUGCUUUUAAAAGGAUUACUUUGAAUGUAUUCAUUAGAUUAAAGAGCCUUUGGCUUAAGUUUCA